AAUCAGGUCAGAAAAUAGAGUUCAAGUAACGCCAUCUACUUUAAUAAAACCUCUGAAAAUGAAAGCUCGGGGCCCCAUUUCUCGCCCAACGUGCAAGAAGCCAAGUUUGCAGACUCAUCACAUAUACAAUGGCGGACCUCAGCGCGCGUGAUGUAGAAAGGGCGGAAUUUGUAUUCUCCAUUUAUGACUUUGAAGGAAACGGCACCUGCGAUGCCGUGAAUUUAGGUGACAUGCUACGCGCCCUUAACCAAAAUCCCACUUUAGCACUCAUUGAGAAAUUGGGCGGAACGAAAAAGAAAAAUGAGAAAAAAAUGAAAUUAGACGAAUUUCUCCCAAUUUAUAGUCAGGUAAAAAAAGAAAAAGAACAAGGAACUUUCGAAGAUUUCUUGGAGUGCCUGAAACUGUACGAUAAAGAAGAAAAUGGCACAAUGAUGGCUGCAGAACUUGGACACAUUUUACUUUCUCUCGGUGAGGGCCUAACAGAUGAUGAAUGCAAAGAAUUACUCGAUGACUGCAUGGGAGAACCGGACGAAGACGGAUUUGUGCCAUUUGAACCUCAACUUACAUCAUGGAGUGUACCUGCCGAAAAAGAAACAUUCAAACAAUUCAACCUAGAGGGACGUUGUUACCGUCUUUUUCCUCCGUCUGUUACCUUAAUUUUAAAGGACAAAUCCAUUAUUUUUACGUUAUCAUGGAAAAUAUUAAUGGCGUUAAUUGUAUUACAUAUUAAUAAUAAAAUGUAUAAAUUCGACGUUGCAUUAGUGUCAAAAUAGCCUACGCUAAAAACAGAUCGUGACCCACUCACGCAC